UCCGACAGUCACAUGCUGAGUAUGGAGGGGCCCCUUGUCCUCGCCUUGUCUCUACUCGCCGUUAUUCUUCUGGCCUCCUCCUCACCGCUUUUCUUCUACCCUCACCAUGACAACAAAGACACCUCCCAGCGGUCCAGCGUCACCCCGCGGCACCCUAAGUUUAGGACGUCGAAGUACAAGACGGAAUGUGGAAUCCUGACGGAUCUAAGUUUUAUCGGAUGUGAGGUGUGUACGCUGGUGGUGGACGGAUUAAAGGAUUUGGUGGAGAAACAGAGCUCUCAGGAAGAAAUUGUUGACUUUAUGACGUUUGUGUGUAAAAAGUUUAAGAUCGAAGACGACAGGGUGUGUGAGGCAAUCACAGAAGAAUAUAAGGACGAAUUUAUUGGAGUUGCGUUACGCCUCGUUUUGACUCCAGCGGAGGUCUGUGGAAUUCUCUUGGGGAAAAUUUGUGGAACACCGUAUGAUCCCAAUGAUCUCUGGAACGUAUCACUUCCGAAUACCCUGAAACCUCCACCAAAGCCAAGGGUCCUACCUAAGCCAGGAUCGCCAAAACUUCGCAUCCUUCACUUGUCUGACAUCCAUAUUGAUCCCGGAUACGAAGUCGGGUCAAAGGUUAAAUGUGGGGAACCACUCUGUUGUCGUCAAGGAGACGGAAAAGCAGCUCCUGGUGAGCCUGCUGCCGGAAUAUGGGGGACUGUUGACUCAUGUGACGUACCCUUCAGCUUGGUGGAUAGUUUGUUUCAGCACCUCAGCUCCAUACAGGAUCAGUUUGAUGUGGUAUAUUUUACUGGUGAUUUACCAGCACAUAAUGUGUGGAAUCAGUCAAGAGAUAAUCAGCUGAAGGCUCUACAACAAUUUACAGAUCUAAGCUUGAAAUAUCUACCAAACAAAACAAUCUACAGCUCCCUCGGGAACCACGAGAGUGCUCCUGUCAACAGUUUCCCCCCACCCUACAUUAAUGACCAAGAUGCCAUCACCUGGCUCUAUGAUGCUGUGGCCGAUUCCUGGAAGAACUGGUUACCUCAGGAAACGAUGACCACCAUUAAAAGAGGAGGAUAUUACACAGUCAAACUUGGCGACAAGUUCCGCUUGAUCUCAAUGAAUAUGAACUACUGCAACAAUGGAAAUUGGUGGUUGCUGAUUAACACAACAGAUCCGACAGGUCAGCUACAGUGGCUGGUGGCUACACUGCAACAAGCCGAGGAUCAGCAGGAGCUGGUCCAUAUUAUAGGUCACAUACAUCCUGGCGGCGGAAGUUGUCUCAAGGCAUGGAGCUGGAACUAUUACCGAAUUGUCAAUAGAUACGAAAACGUAAUAGCGGGGCAGUACUUUGGUCACAGCCAUACAGACUGGUAUGAGGUCUUUUAUGAUGACGUCACAUUUAAACGACCGACCAGUGUUUUAUACAUCCCCGGAAGUGUCACAACGUUUGCCGAUCUCAAUCCAGGUUUUAGAAUUUAUGAGAAUGAUGGCAUUUACAAAGGCAGCACCUGGACAACGUUAGAUUUUACCAAUUACUAUCUAAACCUGACAGAAGUUAAUCUCACGAAUAAACCUCUUUGGCAGAAAGAAUACAGUGCUAAGGAAACUUACGAUUUGAAAAGUCUGUUUCCGGAGGAUUGGAGCGAGCUGAUAUAUAGGAUGAAGGCCAAUGACACAUUAUUUCAAACAUUUUAUAGACAUUAUUACAAGAUGGCUCCCACACCGUCAUGUACAGGACAGUGUAAAACCGACUUAUUGUGUGACCUCAAGUCAGGAAGGUCACAUGACCCCAGUUUGUGUACCGACAUUCAGUUUUAGUUUCUCAUAGAAUCAAAACAUAUAAAGCUAUGAGAUAGUUUAUAGUGACUGGAAUUCUUUGUUGUUUUAGAGCAAAUACUCAUUACAUUGUUUAAUCAUUUUGUUGAAUCAUUUUGUACACGUUUUUUUUUUUUUAUGAAUGUACUUUGUAUUUUAAU